AUGGACGGCGUCUCGAGCCGCGUGCCAUACAGGCACCUGAGAGAGGCGGAAUUGGAGAUGGUCAGCGUCCAAGAUCUGGAUGCGAAUGCCGAAACCGAUAUUGACUCUUCCAGGACGUCGAAUGGUCUACCGGUAUCAUUACCUUCGUCCUCUUCUCAUUCGUCCGCGCAUUCUCGUCCGGGGACGGUACCUGAAGCGAGGUCCAGCGGCUUGAAGACGCUGAUUCUUGGCUGUAUGGUGGCCGCCGGGGUACAAUUUGGUUGGGCUUUGCAACUUUCUCUACUGACACCUUAUAUCCAAGUUAGAUCUCUCUCCAGAUGUUCUUGGUUCCUCAAUUUUUUUUCAAUGACCGCACUAAUUUUCCGGUGAUGCUUUUAACGCAUUUUAUUCUUUUUUUAUGAUUUUUUUAGAUAUUCUUAACUUUUUCUCCUUUGGAUGCAGACGCUUGGUAUAGAGCAUGCUUUCUCUUCAUUCAUUUGGCUCUGUGGGCCUAUAACAGGUCUUAUUGUGAGUAUCUACACUCAGUCACGUGCAAAAUUUUGAGUGUGGUUUUUACUUAUUCAAAAUAUCAAAUGAUGUGCACUAUAUUUUUCCGAAAUGAUCAUGACUCUGUACGUAGUAGGAAAAAGGAUAUGGACACAUAAAAUAUAAAGGUAUCUUAAUAAGUGGUGGCUACUUUAGGGAUACCGGGUUCCAGGGAUUUCACAUUCCAUCAUCUAGGGAACAGGUGAGGAUAUCUAUUUCGUGAUAUCCGGGUAAAAGGAUAAAGGAAUCAUUAGCUCCUCAAAAGUUCCUGAUUUGAUCGGGAUAAACCAAAUCUAUGGAUCUUGCCGCUCUGCCAUUUUCCCUUUAUAGUGAUCCACAUGACUUGAAGACCACGUUUCUAAGAUUCACAUGUCUGUAGCGCGUGCAGAUAUUUGUCCUUGUUUCAAAUAAUUUUUGUCUGUCUUUCUUAGUAAAAAAAGGGCAGACAAAUGAGUAACCUCCUUGAAAGGAUCAUGGAUGACGGGAUUCUUAAUUGAUAAUGUAGUGAUGGGGAUAAGUGUUUAAUUGCACAAGUGAGAUAUAUAAAAUGUAGAGUGUAGGCUUCAAUGUUUUGCCGAAAAUAUUUCACAGAUUCUUGCUAUUGAGAUAUUUUGAGCAUCAUUUAGGAUAAUCCUAAUUUUAGAUACCUUCGGACCUGGUGCUGGUGUUUUGAAAAACAAAAGUGAAACAUGACUGAUAUUUUUAUUUUGCCGUGUGCCAAAAAUGAAUAAAAGGAUUUAGAAUAGACCUGACCUCAGUUAUUAAUUCAUCUAGGUGUACUCGUGAAAACGAUAUUUUAUGAAAUGUUUCCUAUUUCAGACGCUCAUAGUGCUAUGUUUCUCUAUAGUCUUGUUUAGUCAAUUCAUGUUGCUUUGUUUGCUGUGAUGAAAAAAAUCACGUAGAAGCCUCAAGUGGAUUAAAAUUGGAGGUAUUGCGAAGAAUUUCUCACAAGGGCAGAUCAUGAACAUGUUGGAAGAUAGGUGAUGCUGAGGAAGCACAAAGUAUUGCAGCCUUCAUCCAGAAUUGACUAGAAAUGGGGAUAGAAGAAGCGCAUAUCUCAAAAACAUGAUGAUGUCUUUCCACAGAACUCUAUUUUUUUCAUAGAUACGGAUAUGAUUAUUUUUGGAAAAUUCUGUGAGAGCCAUGGAGAGAAAGGAUACUUAUGAACACAUUCAAAGCGUCUGUUGAUAUGGUGCUGAGAUGGGUGCCAACUAGUUAGUAAAGUCCCAAUGACAAUGAGAAAUAAUGUAGUCCUAAUUUAUCAUCAUAAGCCUAAUACAUCCAUAUGCAUGUGAGAAGAAGAGAUGAAAAAUUAAAGGAUUUGGUUGUGUUAUCUACUAAUCUUCAUUUUCUAACGUUAACAUCCAAUAUAGAAAAUAAUGUUUGGAUUGAAUUCAAACGCGCUCAGGGGUUUAUACCCUUGUCAAUGAUUUGAAAUUAUAGAUAUUCAACGGAAUGAUGUAUUUAUGCGGCCCAAUGAAAUUGAUUGCUAGAUUUGGUUUCUACCAACAUUGUUUUGGGCAUAUGGAGGGAUAAUAGAAGGUUAAUCAGAAUUUUUUUUGUUGAUAAGUAUCAUCAACAAAGAAAUCGUGCAAGGUGAUCAGUGGGUCCAACUGGACAGAGAUAGGAGAUACUCUCCGUUCUACCCUCUUGGCAAGGACAAAGGAGAUUGUAAACAUCUUGUGCUAAACCCAUCUUGCAGUAACUUAGCCUAUCACAGAUGAGUGAAUAACUUUUAUAAAGUAUUUCUCCGUUUGGUGUUUGAUUUGUUAUUUCAGCUACACACUUUUUAGUUUCCUUUCAAAAAGCUCCACCCUAAAAAAAUUGUGGUAUGUGCUAUACAAUAGGCGAUGGCUUGCUCUAAGUCAUGGAGCAUCUCCUAGAAUUUUAAAACAACAUGGACUCAGAAAAGCUGCUCGAGAUACAGACAAUUAUCAGCCAAAAAUUUAAAAAAAUCUGAAAAAAGAAAUUCAUUAGGUGAAAAUGCUCCAAAAUCAACAACAAGAGUGGUAUGAUAUAUAUUGGAAGUUCUAAUUUGUAAGGAAAUACUGUAAAAGACUGAAGAUAUUUUGGGAAAGUCGUGUAGGGUUUCUCCCUAUAUAACGGAUGUCAGAGGUGAAUGAAUCUCGAGGCAGUUGCCGCCAUUCUCCCCUCUGUCCUCCCCAUGCCUAUGUUCUCCAACAACAUACAUAUGUGUGUGUGUGUGUAUGCUUGUAUAUAUAAGCAAUAACAUAGUUGUGAAAUAAGGGAGGGCACGUUCAAGUGCAGGUGUACACAAAAAUAUGACAUGGUGUGAGCCACUUGUAGCUUUCUAGUCCCAGCUGAGAGAAGUGGGUGUUACAGGAUGCGUUGGGAAAUGUCUGCAGAGCUUAGUGGGACCUGCAUUUCUCCUAUAGCAGGCAGUAAAUGAGUCCCGAAGAUUCCUUUUUCCAAUUCUUUGGUUCUCAGCAGAAAGGGAGAGAGAUUGAAGAUCCCGUUAGGAGCUAUUGUAACAUAAGUUCCCUUUUCCCCAUCUUUGGGUGGCCGGUUACUUUAUUGGGUUCUACCUUGAAAAGUUAUGUUCCCCUUGCUGACCUCUAUUUGAUAUCAAGUGACUUGGGUGAAGUGAAUAUGUUAAUAAUAUGGUUUCAUUUCAUUUGAAGCCAUAUAGAUAGCAAUUGACCACCUAUUCAUAAUUUGAUCUUUGGGUGUGAAUGACAUGAUGUGGCUUCCUUAUACAUAAGAUUAACUUAUUUAUUCAGAUAAUGCAACAUAUGCUGGCGCCCUUUUGUCUGUGAAUAUUAUGGACCGUGUUUUCUCCUCCUAAAAUACCUGACAAGCCAAUGACUUUUAUCUUCACGUACAUCUUUUUCUCCAGGUUCAACCCUGUGUUGGGAUAUGGAGUGACAAUUGCCAUUCAAAAUAUGGGAGAAGGAGACCAUUUAUUUUUGUUGGUUCUCUUCUGAUUUGCUGUGCUGUGAGUAUACAGAACAUUGACUGAUUUAUAUCUUUUACUGUUUGUCUCUGCUUUUGAUUGUGUGCAGUCUCUUAUUAUAGGUGACUAUAAUUGGCUUUUCUGCAGACAUAGGGUAUAUCUUGGGGGAUACCAAGGAACAUUGCAGGUAACAUUCGCUACUUCCUUAUGUUUUAUCUUUUAGAGUAAUAACUCAUGUUGAACUUCUUAUCGAACAAAGAGAUUACAAAGGCCCUCGAUGGCGAGCAGCUGCUGUAUUUAUCAUUGGAUUUUGGAUGUUGGAUCUUGCUAACAAUACAGUACAAGUAAGUUUCUCUUUUAAGCUUUUAUUUCUCUCCACAGUUUCACUUCAAUACUCUGUGUUUUAAAUUGCCUAUAGGUUAUCUCCAUCAAGUGCUUGAAGACAAGUAUAACUCAUGCCUGUCCAUUAUGCCACAAAUUCGUUGUAACGUGUGGAUUCCAUGUUUGUUGCAGGGUCCAGCUCGUGCCCUUCUGGCUGAUCUUUCUGGUGAACAUUCUUUCCAUGAAUCCUUUUGUAUUAUAAAUUAAAGGUGUCUGGUAAAUAGGACCAUUUGACAUGAUCGAAUUGUCUUUAUUCUUCUGGCACUGAUACAAUCCGAUUGAACUGUCUUUUUUUUUGUAUAGGACCUAAUCAGCAGAGCAGUGCUAGUGCAAUAUUUUGUUCCUGGAUGGCUGUUGGAAAUAUUUUAGGGUUCUCUUCUGGUGCUAGCGGACAGUGGCAGAGGUACCAAGUGAUGUAUGCUUGUUUCUGUGUAGAUUGAAUGUUAUAUCUUAUGCAUCAUAUGGACUCCAGGGUUAUAUGGUUUACCUAAUGAGUAUGGCUCCGCUGACCUAACUGGGCAUUUGUCUAGUAGCCUUUUCGACCUCAACCAAACAAAUAUCGUCUGCUAUAUUUGUUUGUGCUGGAAUUUGGAAUCCAUUUGUUUUUUCUAGUCGCUGAUGGGUUCAUCGGCUAUAUUUCAUGAAGGUGGUUCCCCUUCCUUACAACAAGAGCUUGUUGUGAAGCCUGUGGAAACUUGAAGGCUGCCUUCUUAGUUGCUGUGGUGAGUCCAAGUUCCAUAGUUAUUUUCUUUGCUGGCCCGUGGCACCUUUUUUUCAACUUCUAACUACCACUAGUCUAUUACAGGAACCCAAGGAUUUCAUGCCACCGAAUUUGUUGUGUAUAUGAAAUUCAAAACUCCUAUUAUGUCUCUAGAAAAAACAUGUACAUUUUUUGCCUACUAUCUUUACAUCUUCAGAGGAAACUUAAUUGAUUUAGUAACUGAUAUUCAUAAGUUUGUUAUUUUUUUAAGUAAGCUAUCGAAAGUUUUCGUAUGAUAUUUCAUACUUCUCAUCCAUACAUACGUCUAGACAUCGGCAUUCCGCUGAGUACAGUACCUGUUUCUUCUCUUAUAUUCUUUUUUUAUAUAAAAGUUAUAGGCUCUGAACUUCUUUGUAUGCGCUAGAUUUAUUUAGUUUGCUCUCAACGUAGCCGCCCCCUUCAAAAAUUCUAGCUUAUUCAAUUCACUGCGUACGAAGACAUGCUUUUUUUAAUCGUCGACUGUUCCAUCUUCUAACUGUCCCUAAAUGCAGGUCUUCCUCAUGUUCUGUACUUUAGUCACCCUGUAUUUUACGGCAGAGGUCACGCUUGUCAACAAAGAAAAAUUUUCCUCGGAUUCUGCGCCUCUGCUGAAAGAUGACCCGCGGGAGAGCAACGGGCUGCACGACACAAGUUCAGAGAAGACCGAAAAUGGCCCCAAAGUUAGAACAGAAGUGACAAGUCAGAAGGUUCCCGUUGAAAAUUUGUCAGACCAUGACUUGAGCUCAGAGGACAACCGAACUGCAACCUUUGAUAGUUCUCCGUCGGCAGUACUGGUCAACCUUCUAACGAGCCUACGACAUUUACCACAUGGGAUGCACUCCGUGCUUAUCGUUAUGUCUCUCACAUGGGUAUGUAAAUAACUAGCCAUGUGUUCAUGCUUUCAACAGCAUAUCCCCCGUUAUUCACAUCACUUCGAUGUAUAUUACAGUUCGUCUUUAUAUCCACUGGCCCUUGAUUACUCUUGAUGGGAACCAUCACGUCGUAUAUGCAGCUAUCAUGGUUCCCCUUCUUCCUCUUUGACACGGACUGGAUGGGCCGCGAAGUUUAUCACGGGAACCCGAAGGGAAACACGGAACAAAUGGACGUCUAUCACCGGGGCGUUAGGGCAGGUGCAUUUGGCUUGCUGUUGAAUUCUGUAAGAACUCAAAUCGCGUGCCAUUCUGAACGUAAUCGACUCUGUGGGUUAAUGACUGACCCAUCCUCCAUCUUUCCUCUUUACCAGGUUGUUCUCAUGGUUAGCUCGUUCCUCAUCGAACCCAUGUGCAGACGGCUUGGUCCGAGGCUAGUCUGGGCAUUGAGCAACUUCACCGUGUGCAUCUGCAUGGUGGCCACAACGAUCAUAAGUUUGCUGUCCCUCGAUGAGGACUCCAAGGGUGUCCAGCAUAUUAUAGAAGGAAACGGGGCGUAUAAAGUGGCAGCUCUAGUCUUGUUCGCACUUCUCGGAUUUCCUCUCUCGGUGAGCACCCAUCUGUUGUGCCCGAUGAUUCCUUCUCGUGAAGGAUCCACCACAGGUAGCCCUAAAAUCUGUGUUGCUGCAGAUCACGUACAGUGUUCCAUACUCCAUGACGGCGGAGUUAACCGCGGGCAGUGGAGGCGGCCAAGGUCAGUUCCUCACUCCGUCAUCCCCAACAAAUAUAAAAUUUCUUCAUUUCCUAAUUUAUCUUCCAUUUAACUUUGGCUUUACCCUUCAGGAUUGGCUACCGGCGUUUUGAAUCUUGCGAUCGUUAUUCCUCAGGUUUGUCAACUGUUUGACCCAUCUGGAACUCCAGUUUUGAUAAUAUAACAUGCUAUAGUCUUACAUAUAUAUAUAUAUAUAUAUUGCUUAUUUAAAUGUUUGCAGAUGAUCGUAUCCCUCGGUGCUGGCCCAUGGGAUGCCCUCUUUGGUGGCGGGAAUAUCCCUGCUUUUGUUCUGGCCUCUGUUUUCUCCCUUGUGGCCGGGAUCAUCUCGGUCCUGAAGCUGCCGAGGCUCUCCAGCAGCUCCCACAGUUCGGGCUUCCAUGGGUUCGGCUAA